AGCUUAAAAUCAGUUUGAGAUAAUACCCACGACACGACCUUUUUCUCUCCUCUCGGCUCUCGCACAAGUCCAAAGCUUCUCUCUCGGAGACGGUAACCGGUGAUCGGCUAGAGAAACUAAGGCCUCAGAUCGGCUUUGCUCUCACCAGAUUCGGAUCCGAGGCAUAAAUUGCAGAUAAGAUGGCAUCAAAACUGAAGCAAUUGCAAUCAAAGGCAGGUCAAGCUUCACAGUUUUUGUCAAAACAUGGAAGUGCUUACUACAAGCAACUGAUGGAGCAGAAUAAACAGUUUGUUCAGGAGCCAGCAACUGUUGAAAAAUGCAACGAGUUGUCCAAACAGCUCUUCUACACUCGCCUUGCAAGCCUCCCUACCCGAAACGAGUCAUUCUGGAAGGAACUUGAUCAUGUGAAGAAUCUAUGGAAGAACAAACAAGAUUUGCAUGUGGAACAAGUUGGAAUUGCUGCUUUGUUUGGGAUUGAAUGCUUUGCAUGGUUUUGUGCUGGUGAAAUUGUUGGAAGGGGUUUCACAAUCACUGGUUACCAUGUUUGAUUUUUUUUUAAAGGGAGAAAAAAAAACACACAUAAAAAGAAAAACCUCUUUUAAAAACUUGCAAGGCUUUUCUAUGUCAUGGGACUUGUGUAAUGUUACUACUACUGCUACUUCUACAUUCUUUCUUGGAAAUUUUGAAGCUGAGAGAAAUCAGUUGUAAUUUGGUUGCAUUUGCAUUAAUAAUCUGCAAUUUAGGAUGAUGACUUUGUUAGUUUGAUUCAAGUGUUUGCAGAAGAAUGACUAGAAUUGUUUUAUCA